AGAAAAUGGAGGGCACCGCCGUAAUACAACAAUACCCCGCGAGCAGAUCGGACGACAAUUUUGAGAGGAUGAGCGAUAGAUAGAGAGACACAUAGCGAGAGAGUUAGAGAGAGAUUUCGCGAAAAAGAAACGAAGGGGAAGGUUUUGACGAUGAACGAAGGCUCGAGCGAAGAAGUGACGAGGACGGUAAUGGAAGAGAAACCGGAACAACAGAGAGGAUCUCUGGAGAAAGGAAGAUCGUGCAAAGGCUAUCUCUAUUACUCAUCCACUCUCAAAUCCAAAUCUAAGAACCCUCGCUGCGUCGGAAUCCCUCGCACUCUCCGUCAAGUUCCUGAUUACGUUGUUGGACAAUCUGAAGCUGAAGCUUCUAAAGAAGGGAGGACCUUAGCAGAUUUUUACUAUGGCUGUUUGGGGUAUUCCGUCUACAUGACUGAGAAAGACUCAUCUACCAUUAAGCAACAUACAAAGACUCAGCUUCCUGUUUGUGUCGGCCUUGAGAUACUAGCAGAUAGAAAAGCAGCUUCUGGCAAUACUUCAUCUGUUCCUGUUCCAGUUCCAGCCCGUGUUCAAAAUAGAAACGAAUCUCGGGAUCUGCCUCAGCACCAGAACAAUAAACCAGUGCCAGCCACAAACACAGAAAACGGCUUCUUAACCAGGUUCACGAGAAACGCAAGCCUUGUAGCAUCAGGGGUGAUGAAGAACAUGAAGAGAGUUGGUAACUAUGUGAAAGAGACCGUGGACGAUUCCUUGGACCCAUAUCGAAAGCGACCAAAAUGAAGAAACUUUUUACAUUAGAUGUGGAGAGAGACAAAUCCAAAAAACGAAAAGAAAAAAAAAAGAAAAAAAAGCACAGGUGACAGACGACAGGAUAUGAAUCUUAUUUUGACACUUUUUGGCUUCUCUUAAAUUAUCAAAAAAUAAAAGCAACAACAAAAAAAAAAAAUGGCUGUAUUGAUAUCUUUAAGCAGGCCAUGUCCCAAAGUGAUUAGUUAUGGCUACGAGAACAGUAGUGUGUACACCUUCCUCAGUUUUGGUUUACUGAUAAUAUUCUUAUGCCACUUUUAUUCUGGAUGAAAUCUCAAACGAUUCGAUU